CUGGGGGUUUGCGGGGUUGGGCCGGGUUUGCAGCCGCCGCGGUAGCUGCUGCGCUUCACUGCCGGGUGGGCGCCCAGCGAACCCCGGGCCGGGAGCCGGGAGCCGGCAGAGCGGCUGCGGCGGCAGCAUCUGCGUCCAUUUCCGCCCUACGAACACUAAGGCCGGCGGCCGGCGGCUUCUGCGCCCAGCGGGGCCCAGGGAGGAGCGGGUCGGACACUUUUUAUUUUAUUUGGGAAGAAAGGGGCGAGUCCCGGCGUGAGCUUCCCUCCUGGCCUCUCUCGCUCCCCAGUGCGCCCCAGCUCCGGCCCAGGCUCUGGAAGAUGACUUCAGGGUCCGCCCGGAGUCUACCAGCGGCGGCGGCUCGGGUAGGCAGCCGAAAGUAGUAACACUUGGUAGUAGCAGCUGGUGAAAAGUGAACCGAGGCAGCGCGGACUGGGCUCUCCCCGCGCGCCGGCGCCCGCUGCUCUCGCUGCUCCUUCCCCUCGGCUCCCCGGCGGCCGCAGCAUGAAGUGGCGCAGCGAUGGCCAGGAGAGGUAAGAAGCCUGUGGUGCGGACGCUGGAGGAUCUGACGCUGGACUCGGGUUAUGGUGGCGCGGCGGACUCGGUGCGCUCCUCCAACUUGUCCCUGUGCUGUUCCGACUCGCACCCGGCGUCCCCGUAUGGCGGGAGCUGCUGGCCGCCUCUAGCUGACUCCAUGCACAGCCGGCACAACAGCUUUGACACCGUCAACACUGCCCUGGUGGAAGACUCCGAGGGGCUGGACUGCGCCGGCCAGCACUGUUCGCGGCUGCUGCCGGACCUCGACGAGGUCCCCUGGACCCUCCAGGAGCUGGAGGCGCUGCUGCUGCGCUCGCGGGAUCCCCGGGCAGGCCCGGCGGCCCCCGGCGGCCUGCCCAAAGACGCGCUGGCCAAGCUGUCGAUGCUGGUGAGCCGGGCGCUGGUUCGCAUCGCCAAGGAGGCGCAGCGCCUGAGCCUGCGCUUCGCUAAGUGCACCAAGUACGAGAUCCAGAGCGCCAUGGAGAUAGUGCUGUCCUGGGGCCUGGCUGCGCACUGCACAGCGGCCGCGCUGGCCGCGCUGUCCCUCUACAACAUGAGCAGUGCCGGCGGCGACCGCCUGGGCCGCGGCAAGUCUGCGCGCUGCGGCCUCACCUUCUCUGUGGGCCGCGUGUACCGCUGGAUGGUGGACAGCCGCGUGGCGCUGCGCAUCCACGAACACGCCGCCAUCUACCUGACCGCCUGCAUGGAGAGCCUCUUCCGGGACAUCUACUCGCGGGUCGUGGCCUCCGGGCUGCCCCGGAGCUGCAGUGGCCCUGGCUCGGGCUCCAGCUCGGGCCCAGGCCCGGGCUCUGGCCCCGGCACGGCCCCCGCGGCAGAUAAGGAGCGGGAGGCACCCGGAGGGGGAGCGGCGAGCGGCGGCGCCUGCAGCGCAGCCAGCAGCGCCAGCGGGGGCAGCAGCUGUUGCGCCCCGCCGGUCGCCGCUGUCGCCGCCGCCGCCGCCGCCGCAGCCCCACCGGCAGCCGCAGCCGCCGUGGCCGCCGCCGCCGCCGCCAACCACCACCAUCACCACCACCACGCACUCCACGAGGCGCCCAGGUUCACCGUGGAGACUCUGGAGCACACGGUCAACAACGACUCCGAGAUCUGGGGGCUCCUGCAGCCCUACCAGCACCUCAUCUGCGGGAAGAAUGCCAGCGGAGUGCUGUGCCUGCCAGACAGCCUGAACCUUCACAGGGACCCACAGCGGUCAAACAAGCCGGGCGACCUGCCCAUGUUCAGCCAGUCGGAGUUGAGGACCAUCGAGCAGUCCUUGCUGGCCACCCGUGUGGGCAGUAUCGCAGAACUGAGUGACCUGGUGUCCCGAGCAAUGCACCACCUGCAGCCCCUCAAUGCCAAGCACCACGGCAACGGCACUCCCCUGCACCACAAGCAGGGGGCGCUCUACUGGGAGCCGGAGGCGCUGUACACCCUUUGCUAUUUCAUGCACUGCCCGCAAAUGGAAUGGGAGAAUCCCAACGUGGAGCCUUCCAAAGUCAACCUACAGGUGGAAAGGCCCUUCCUCGUGCUGCCGCCGCUGAUGGAGUGGAUCCGGGUGGCCGUGGCGCACGCCGGCCACCGCCGCAGCUUCUCCAUGGACAGCGACGACGUCCGCCAGGCGGCCCGGCUGCUGCUGCCCGGUGUGGACUGCGAGCCGCGCCAGCUCAGGGCCGACGAUUGCUUUUGUGCUUCUCGGAAGCUGGACGCAGUGGCCAUCGAAGCCAAGUUUAAGCAGGACCUGGGUUUCCGGAUGCUGAACUGUGGGCGGACGGACCUGGUGAAGCAGGCAGUGUCUCUCCUGGGGCCCGAUGGGAUCAACACCAUGAGCGAACAGGGCAUGACCCCCCUGAUGUACGCCUGCGUCCGUGGGGACGAGGCUAUGGUUCAGAUGCUGCUGGAUGCCGGAGCUGAUCUGAAUGUGGAGCUGCUCCUGGACGCCGGGGCCAAGGUGGAGGGCUCCGUGGAGCACGGCGAGGAGAACUACUCGGAAACCCCCCUGCAGCUGGCCGCCGCCGUAGGAAAUUUUGAGCUCGUUAGUUUGCUGUUGGAGCGUGGUGCGGAUCCCCUGAUAGGAACCAUGUACAGGAAUGGAAUUUCCACCACCCCCCAGGGGGAUAUGAACUCUUUCAGCCAGGCUGCAGCCCAUGGACACAGGAAUGUGUUCCGCAAACUGCUCGCUCAGCCAGAAAAGGAGAAGAGUGAUAUCCUGUCCCUGGAGGAGAUUCUGGCCGAGGGGACUGACCUGGCGGAGACAGCCCCGCCUCCCCUGUGUGCCAGCCGCAACAGCAAGGCCAAACUGAGAGCCCUGAGGGAGGCCAUGUAUCACAGCGCUGAGCAUGGCUACGUGGAUGUCACAAUUGAUAUCAGGAGCAUAGGGGUCCCGUGGACGCUGCACACGUGGCUGGAGUCUUUGCGGAUCGCCUUCCAGCAGCACCGCAGGCCUCUCAUCCAGUGCCUGCUGAAGGAGUUCAAGACCAUUCAGGAGGAAGAGUACACGGAGGAGCUCGUUACCCAAGGCCUGCCCCUGAUGUUUGAGAUCUUGAAAGCGAGCAAGAACGAGGUCAUCAGCCAGCAGCUGUGCGUCAUCUUCACCCACUGCUACGGGCCCUACCCCAUCCCCAAGCUCACGGAGAUCAAGCGCAAGCAGACCUCGCGCCUGGAUCCUCAUUUUCUGAACAAUAAAGAAAUGUCCGAUGUUACCUUUCUGGUAGAAGGAAGACCGUUCUAUGCUCACAAAGUGUUGUUAUUCACGGCCUCUCCCAGGUUCAAAGCACUCCUGUCCAGCAAGCCAACAAAUGACAGCACCUGCAUAGAGAUCGGUUACGUGAAGUACCCCAUCUUUCAGCUGGUCAUGCAGUAUCUCUACUACGGUGGCCCAGAGUCACUGCUCAUUAAAAACAACGAGAUAAUGGAGCUUCUGUCUGCCGCUAAAUUUUUCCAGCUGGAGGCCUUGCAGCGACACUGUGAGAUUAUCUGCGCAAAGAGCAUUAACACUGACAACUGUGUGGAUAUUUACAAUCACGCCAAGUUUCUUGGAGUCACAGAGCUCUCAGCCUACUGUGAAGGCUACUUUCUCAAAAACAUGAUGGUCCUCAUUGAAAAUGAAGCCUUCAAGCAGCUCCUCUAUGACAAAAAUGGCGAAGGGACGGGCCAGGAUGUGCUCCAGGACUUACAGAGGACGUUGGCCAUCAGGAUUCAGUCAAUCCACUUGUCCUCUUCCAAAGGUUCUGUCGUAUGAAACAUCCAGGGCAGGGAACGGUCCCUGGGGACUUUCCAGACCCUGCUGCUGCACUGGCUUCACACAAACACAUACCAAGUUCACCUGGCGUCUGUUUUUGGCUAGGCCAAGGAGCUGUCUCUACUGCCUCAGCUUCUGUCGAAUAAGCAAUUUCAGCUCCCGUGUGUUCCUGUUGAAAAACAAAGGACAUGCCUCUGGUCUGUAGGUCAGAUGGCAGCGGGGUCCGGAGCUUGAAGGUCAACAUUGGGCAGCCAAGCCAAGCCCAUCGGAAAGCACCCCUGGGGCAGUCAAACACGCAGGGCGGGGACCACCGUCCAGUGGAUGAAUUGAGGACUCAAGGUCGUCUGGGUUACCGGUUGAGAGCUGGAGAACGUGACUGGUCUGACCCUGAUGAGCGAGCGUUGUGUUCCCACGAAGGACCUUCGUCUCUGCGGUUCAGGGAGAGUCAGCGUGGUAGCGAAUUUGCGAGAUUGUUACCAAUCACGAAGAAAUAAAUUGGCAAAUUUUUAGGGGUGGGAACUUUUUAAAAUGUUCAUAACAAAACAAAACAAAAAAAACAGGGCAGCCUUGUAGUUUAAAACCUAUUUCUAAAAGCUUAACAGUUCAUUUUCAAUUGAAUUGUGUUUAGGGAUCUGUGUUUUGAGUUUGGGUUUGGUUUUUUUUUAAAAAAACAGUAAGUUGCCGGUCUGUACUGUAUAAACAUAUGCAUCUGACAAGUUAUUACUGAUAUUCUAUACAAGGUAAAAUAAUAACCUUGCCUUAGUGAUCAUGGUUACACAAAAGAGGUGCACUGCCAAUAAUUAACUCGAUAGUUGAAAACAACGUGCAUGCUAAUCGUGAUUUUGGGGUGAGAAUAAAACACCCCCACAUAACAAAACAUGCAUUUGCAUGGGCCCGAACCAGUGAAAUAUUAUGUUUGUGCUUCAUUUUUGCCAAGGUAAAAAAACGUUCCACCACUUCUUGCUAAAAAUCCAUUUGGUGAAAACUAGAACCUCUUCCUUUCCUUUAACAAUGAUUCUGGAUGCUUUUGCAGAAACGUGUUCAUAGAUGAUGCUGAUGGGGGGCGGGGAGGGCGCACGCCAGAGGAUUUACUAUUAAUCCCAAAGUUUCCUCUGUAUUCUCAGAAGAUGUUAAUAGUUUGUUACUAGCCAGAUAUAUGACUAUGUUAGAUUAUUUUUAAAGAUGAAACAUGUAUGAUAGGAAGGAUUCUUUCUGUAUCCCGAGAGUGUACAGUUAUAAGGUUAUCUAUAACGAAAGUUUAUAUUGACAGGGGUCCGUUUUGCUCUGCCAUAUAUUAUAAACAAAAGGGAUUGGUGAAGUGCCACAAUAUUCCAGGUAAUUUUUGAGUUGUUGCCUUUUUUUCAUUUUCUUUCUUGUCCCUUAAUUUGGAACCUAGCUAGAAAUGAGAAUGACUUUUACCCUUUGGGGUUGGCAAAGUCUCUUUGGUAAAAACCUCUUUCCUCGCAUGCCUUUGGGAAGUUGUGCACGGACCCUAGACUCUGAGGAGCUGCUGUCACCCAUCGAACUUGCUCCCUGAGCCACCAUCCAAGAGGACCAAUGCCGAGUUACAUGGGUGUGACCCGUGAGCACGCGGGCCGUGUCUGCCUACAACGCUGGCCCGUGAGAGAUUUGGAUCCACAAGGCCUCUCUCCUACUUGGUCAUUUGCAAACCUCCCCAGGCCCUACCAUCAAAUGAAGAAGGGGGGAGGGACUGCCUGCAGAGGAGGCCACAUUCCAGAAGAUACACAGCCCACGCGUGAGUCACCGCUGCCUCCUGCCUCCUCCGUAUCCUCAGAAAUGCUGUGUGAUGUUCCCCUCACCACGACUGACUUCCCUGCGAAUGUCUUAUGCUAGUUUGGGGCCUCUGGCCUCCGAUUUGUACAGUGGCGACUCCCGACGGGCUUCUGUUGCAGUUUGGUGUGUGCUUUCUCUGUCAUUAAACGAUUUUCCCAA